AUGUACCUGACUGCUGCCAUUCUGCUUAAGCAGAACGCCGACUGGGGUCUUGAGACUGCCAUUGGCGCCUCCACCGUUCUUCUUGGAGCCUCCAUUCCCCGGAUCAUCAAGGCCGGUAUCAAGCCUGUCCCUGUGGGUCUCGCCGUGCUUGGUUCUCUUAACUUGGGAUACUACAUCUACAAGUACAAGCAGUUCUACCCCUAG